CCUUUCAAUUCUCAGCGUAAAUUUAACAGAAGUAUUCUUAGGAAGUCGAUUUAAAAGAAUUGUCUCUACCAGGAUAUCGGAGUUUUUACCUGCAAUAUCGAAGAUAAGAGUUUGAGCUCGUCCAUUCAUGAACAAGGAUGAGCCUGGUAAUGCUGUGUUUCCCUUGCUGUGAAGAAGAGCAACCACCACCGAGGAGACGGCCGAAAAUUGACAGAUCUAUGAUCGGAGAGCCGACAGGUUUUAAGCACACGGGUCAUAUUGGUUCUGGUGAAGUUGCCACAGGCUUUGAUAUUCACAGUGUACAAGACCAGAUGCAGUCAAAAGGAGGUUAUGAAUACAAUUGUGCUUUGUCGACGGCAGAGCCUGACGGAAUAGAUCUUUCACAUCAAGCUGAAAACAAUGAUACAGGCGACAAUAGUGAAAAAUCAAAUGGACAGACAGAAGAAGAUUCACCGCAGCCGAACAGGACAGAGGAGCCUAAUCAACUAUGAUCGAUCUACUAACUUAAGAUGUAGCUCACAAUGCAGAGCAUAGACAAUUAACAAUUCUGCGUUCCAUUGGACUCCAAGCAUCUGGUAUUCUAUGCAGAAUUUGUUGUCCUCUGUCCACCAUACAACUGUAUGUGAAUUUUAUAAAUAAAUAUAUAGAGAGAGAUAUUAAAUUAGGAUGUUGAGAUAAUGGGCAAGUUUUUUAGUGUUUUAUACAUAUUCGUAAAUUAAUUGUCAAGAAUGUUCAGCAGUUAUUGGUUAAUCAUUUCUUUCAGCAUAUUUGUAUAAGUGACAUUAGGUUCCCUUUAUAACUUCAUUAGUAGGCUUCAUUAUUUCACAUUUGCCUAAGCAUGGGUUUAAAGGUCAGGUGUCAAAAGGUCAUGUGUCAAAAGGUCAGAGGUCAUGUAAAGGUCAGAGGUCAAAGCAAUGGUGUUUUUCUACAUGUGUCUUCCCCCUUUCUUCUGGCCACAAAUCUUAUGGCCACUUUUUAUGAAAAAUUGCACGUUCAGAUCUUAAAAGAUCUUCCCUUUUUGUGGUAAAUGUUGUCCUUUUGUCAUAAACCCUCUUAUUGCAUCCCAAGAGGUCCCAACAUAACUUUACAUUGGUCACAAGUUCUGUUUGUGACAUUACAACAGAACAAUAUCUGCUUAAAAUAUUUUCAAUUCAGCCAAAAAACUGACAACGAUGAAUGCUGUUCACAGAAUGUUUCAUCUUUUAGUUAAGGUUUUUACCCAAUUUAAACUGAAUAAAAACUGAUUACCUAAUUCUGUUUUGCCGCUGAUCUCACAUGACAUUUUGGCCCCUGCUUGGUUUAGUAAAUUCACAGCCCUCUCUGAUUUUCAAAGUAUCCGAUCAAGUUUUGCUAGAUUUUUGGGGGAUCUAUUGUUUGUUUCAUUUCAACUCAUGUUUAAUUUUAAGUUCAUAAGCCUCUAGGGACAAGGGUUCCAUUCCCCUGACAAACCCCUGGCCCCACCAGCAUGCCAGCUAUCAAAAUUAAAUACAGCCCCUAGAAAAAUUAGAAUUGACUGAAAUUAUAUUAUUUCACUAGUUAGAAGAGAGGUUUGGUCCACAGCGUUAAUGAAAGAAGGUUUGAACAAUAUGAAUUCCACAUUCUUAAAGCAGUAUAUGUAUUCAUUGCUCAUGCUCUGAAAUAUUUGAUUAUUUCUCCAACAAUUUAUAAUUUAUAUUUAAAUAGUUACUUGUUAUGGUAUCCCAUAAUGCUUUAGAAAAAUUCUAUAUUAAUUCAGGGCAAUAAUAACAGCAUUGUAAAUUCCUGCCAGGCUCCCCCUGUGUUUGUAUAAAAACAUAUCAAAAUAUGGUUCAAUUUAAUUUUCUCAGGGGGGUGGGCAUACCUAAGGCCUCCUCUAACUCCCUGUGUCGUCCUUACCCAAGGAGCAUCAGGGGGUCACUGUUAAAGCACCAAUAAUAGUUUGACCACAGGGUGUUAAUGGUGUAUAUGUUCUUAAACUUACGUUGAUUUCAAAGUUUGAAAUUUGAUUUGAAUUUUGCUUUUGUUGGAUUAUAUAUUUAUAACAAUGAUUACUAUCCUGUUUAAGUGCUAUUAUUAUAAAAAUGUAUUA